CCGAGCAACGCCUCCCCGAUACGCCGCCGUGGCAGCCGCACCAGCACUAAUGCCAGACGGGAAAUCUUCCUCGCGACCCACCUUCCUCCCAACGAAACCCAGGCCGCGAGCGAGGCCCAGGUGUCGAUGCAUCAUUCCAACUCGAACGAGCGCACGCCGCUGCUCUCCGCCCCUGCCAUACCCAUCAUCGAGGAGGAAGUUGACGCGAGGGGCGACCCGGAUACGGAGUCGAGGACGGUCAUGUUCUGGGAGGAGCUGCGCAUUCUGACCAAGUAUGCCGCGCCGGUGUUUGGCACGCAUUUGCUAGAGUAUAGCUUAGUGAUGGCCUCGGUCGUCACUAUUGGGCAUCUCUCGACCUCGGCACUCGCAGCAAUCACUCUGGGGAGCAUGACCGCGUCCGUGUCGGGGUUCUCCAUCAUCCAAGGCUUCGCCAGCGCCCUGGACACCGUCCUCCCAUCAGCCUGGACAAGCGAUAAGCCCCAGCUCGUUGGGCUCUGGUCCCAGCGGAUGUGUAUCGUUAUGACUAUUUGGCUCACGCCCACCGUCAUCAUCUGGGUCAACGCCGAACCGAUCUUGCUCUUCCUUCGCCAGGACCCCGAGGUCGCGCGCCUCGCAGCGCUCUACCUGCGCUGGGAGCUAUUGUGCUUGCCAGCCUACGUCUUCAACAACGUCAGCCGCCGCUACUUCCAGUCGCAGGGCCUCUUCGACGUGCCGACAAGGAUCAUCUUCAUCGUCGCGCCCAUCAAUGCCGUGUUGAACUACCUGCUCGUCCUCGGCCCCGACUGGAUCCGCCUCGGCUUCAUCGGCGCGCCCAUCGCCACCGCUGUCUCCAUCAACCUCGUCUCCGUCCUCUCCAUCAUCUACGGCGUCUGCUUCGCCCCCCGCACCGCCUGGCACCCCAUCACGCGGCGCAGCUUCACGGGCCUCGGUGUCCUGGUCUCCCUCGGACUCGCGGGCGUCGGGCAGACGGCGAGCGAGUGGUGGGCGUGGGAGCUGGUGGCGCUGGCGGCGAGCUUGCUUGGUCCCGUCGCGCUCGCUACGCAGAGUAUCCUGCUCGUGUCGAGCUCGACGACGUUCCAGGCGCCGUUUGCGCUGAGUGUGGCAACGGCUGUUCGCAUUGGCAACCUCCUCGGCGAAGGCCAAGCCCGGCGCGCCUGCGUCGCCUCUCACACUGCCAUACUUAUGGCGCUCGUCAUCGGCCUGCUCUUCAGCGCGAUGUUCUUGAUAUUCAGGAACUCGUGGGCCCUCAUCUUCAACGAGGAUCCCGAGGUGCUCUCCAUGGUCUCCGCCAUUCUCCCCCUCGUCGCCCUCUUCCAGGUCUUCGACGGCACCUCCGCCGUCACCGGCGGCAUCUUCCGCGCCAAGGGCCAGCAAUUCACCGGUGCCCUCCUCAACCUCUCCGCGUACUACAUCAUGGGCAUCCCCAUGGGCGUCUGGCUCGCCUUCUCCUUCAACUUCGGGCUGCACGGGCUGUGGAUUGGCUUGACGCUCAGUCUGGUGUACUGCGCGGCGUUCGGGUGGUGGUUCGCAUGGCGGACGGAUUGGGAGAAGGAGGUGGCGAAGGUGCAGGCGAGGGUGGAGAGGGAGGUGGGGAAGCUGGCGCCUGUGCAGGGGGAGGGGGCGCAGGAGGGGAGGCUGGAGAAUGGGAUGGUAGAAGAGAGGGAGCCGUUGUUGGCAAAUGGCAAUGGAGAGGCGCCAUCUGCGUGAAGGGACGCCACGGACGCUCCAACGCUACUAACGAUAGACAUGUUAACUUAUUCUGACUUGUGAGAGGAGGUGGACAGUCGUGACUAGUGAUUUAGGUGUUGCAAUGUAGGCAGAGAAGCAGUGUUACACACUGUUCGAUUGUGAAAUGUACGCGCAAAUACCAUCCAGUUUACAUCGUCGGACACGAUGCCUUC